AUGCCAUCCUACUGGUUCCUGCCCGUAGCUGCCAACUCCUCCACCCCACGACCAGCAGAGCCACCAACCACCCGAGUCCAUCACCACUAUGGCACCGCCGAGGACACUGGAGCCCAGAUCCUCCGAUGGAUGGAGAAUCCGCGUGAGUCCAGGUGUUACAUCCGAGCCUGUCAACUCACACUCGCAUCAAUCCGUCGAUUCCUCCCCGUUGAGACCACACAAGCUUCGCCAAUGAACCACGAUCUCACAAACCUUUUCCUGCAUUUGCAACUUGCACCGCAGCACGCGCAAAAUUCACACUCUGCCUACAUCCUCUUCCGACUGAGGGUCGCGGGGCUCAACUGGCUGGGAUACAUCGGACCGGACGUGAUCAUCAUGGAGGACAUCCAUCACAUGCGAGGCGCGAGAUUCUUCACCUCCGAGAUCAGCAUUGCCUUCUAUCGAGAGAUGGCGGUCUCCGCCACGAGACCAGUUCGGUUUAUCUUUGCAACUUACGUGGUGAAUGAGCCGACUACUAACGUGAUUGCUCGUGUCUAUGCAGCUGGGGGAUUGGCCCAGUCGACGACGUGGUGGCGGGCUUGGGAUCGCGGAUCCUCGGAGUUUAAUGCGUUGUUGGGUUCGCGAAUCGGUCAGGUCGCGGCUUUUAUUGUGCUGGGAGGGUAUGCGAGAGGUACGCGACGCAUUGCGCGGAUCUUUACAAUCAGUGUGCUCGAAGGAUCGAACAGUUUCACCAUUUGCUUUGAGGUCGAGGGGAUCAACAGGUAG